UAUGUAGAUCUGUUCUGUCAUUCUCUUCAUAACACUACGUUUACAUUAAACUGUACAAUAUGUGAUAGUGUUGCGAUAACGUUGAUAUGAUAGCAUUAUCUAAAUCAAUUUCACUUGAAAAGAAUUUAAUCAACUGAUUACUACUCAUUUAACGUUUGUGAAAAUUUCGUGCGAAACGUGUGAAACGUUCGGCAUUGCAAAAGAUGAAGAAGGUAUACCUCGCCGCUGUAGCAGGAAAUCUAGGCAUGCUAACAGUCGGCCAAUAUUUUGGUUGGGCAUUACCAUCUUUGCCCAUAUUAGUGCAAGGAAAAGAUGAAACAUAUCCUGUGCGUUUGACUUCGGAAGAAGCAUCUUGGGUGGCAUCUCUACUUAUAUUAGGUACAAUUACGGCUUCUAUUAUUUGUGCAUUUAUAGUGAAUAUUAUUGGCAGAAAAAAUAUCAUGUUAUUUGCGGCCGUACCUUCAAUUAUUAGCUGGUUGAUGAUAGCCUUUGCAACGUCAUCGUGGGAACUAUAUAUAUCGAGAUUUUUAGCCGGAUUAUCUACAGGUUUCACUUAUACGGUUACGCCAAUAUAUAUUGGUGAAAUUUCACCAGCAAACAUUCGUGGUAAUUUCGGAUCCAUGCUCACAGUCAUUUCAAAAAUUGGAACCACACUUGAAUACGUGAUAGGACCAUUCCUAUCUGUAAAACAUCUCGCCCUUGUGUCCUUGAUAGGACCUUGCUUAUUUUUUGUCAUUUUCGUUUGGCUACCGGAAUCCCCGUAUCAUCUAAUGCGCCGUAACGCCAAGGAAAAGGCUUUAAAUUCGCUUGUUCAAUUGAGAGGCAAAGAAGAUGUUCACGAAGAAAUUGACACCAUUGAACGAUCUGUGAAAAUUGAUUUGGCCAAUAAAUCUAAUUUGCGAGAACUCUUCUGUAUACCUGGAAAUCGCAGAGCUUUAAUAACCGUGGUAUCUCUAAGCACUAUUCACCAAUUGAGCGGCGUUCAAGCCGUGGAGCAAUACGCCCAAUUAAUGUUUAAUGAGAUGAAUAAUAAUUUAGAAAGUAAAUAUUUAAUCAUGAUAUUGGGCGCAGUACAAGUGAUCAGCACAAUCGUCUGUAUGUUCAUUACUGAUCGCAGUGGCAGAAAAUUGCUAUUGAUUAUCUCCGCAAUCGGUUCGGCCUGUUCGACCGCCAUGGUCGCAACAUAUUUUAAUUUGCAGCAUAAUAACAUGGACACUAGCAAUCUACAAUGGUUGUCUACUGUCGGUGUAAUCAUGUACGUCAUCAUGUUCUCUGUAGGUCUAUCCGUUUUACCGUUUACCAUGAUCGGUGAACUAUUUCCCAUGAAUAUAAAGGCUCUUGGCAGCACGGUAAAAAUGAUUAUAAUCGGAAUCCUGGCCUUUGGCGUGACAAAAUUGUAUCUGGUCAUAGCUGAUAAUCUCGGUAUACAUGUAUCGUUCUGGAUAUUCACGGGGUGCAGUCUCGCUGGUGCUUUAUUCACGCUUAUCUAUGUGCCUGAAACCAAAGGUAAAACUUUAGAACAGAUACAGGAGGAACUGCAAGGGUCAUCGGGUGUAGAAAUAAAGAAUUUUAAAAAGAUACAAAAAAAAUUGCAGAAGGCUUAUCGAAUGUAGAAAUGUAAGGUAAGACUUCCUAAUAACCCCUACUUCCGAAUUUGAUGAAACUUGCAGCAUUUGAAGACUAUAAAGAAUACAUUUACACAAUAAAGGAUUUUUUGCGGAAACGAGUAGAAGCAAAGAAACUCAAAAAAGGAAGUUUUCAUAUAUUUUGCAGAAGAUACUUAUAUAAAUAUCAGAAACGUAUGUGUACGCACACACACACACACGCGCGCGCCCCGGGAUUGCAAGGGGGAGGGAUACUUAGGAGAAGGGAGGAACACUUAAUAGGAAGAGGGAGGAACACUUAAUAUAUAAAAUUAUUUAUAACAAAUUUGCAGUUACAAAACAUUA